UUUUUCACAGGCAGAGUAACCUCCCAUAACCCAACACACAGCCACUGGGAGAGAUACGCUGUACCCGAAAAAAAAGAGAGAGAAAGCCACAAUUAAACCGGUCUUUAUUGUCCACAUUCUCUGGGGUUGACUCGGGAUUUCAAUGAACAGCCUGCUCUUUUGUUUCUGUGUUGAUUUGGGUCGCACAUUUAUGGCGUUUUUGAGCGUCAGUGGGGAUUUCUGCCAGGCUCAGCACCUCGCCUUUGCAGACAAGUGAACCGACGGCACCCCAAGGCAAGACCACGCCAGCCGGAAGCCUCCCUAGACAGACACCAGGGCGAGAACACUGGGACUGAAACGCUCCCGCGGCUGGGGAAUACCUCCUCGCUUCUACAGACUUGCUGUACUGGGCUCCCUGCUCUCUGUCUCCUCCCUCUUAUUUACUCUUCCUGAAUGGGGUAGACAUUCCCUGGAUCUCUGAUUGGAUGACUGAAGGAUAGUAGGGUAUUUUUUUUCCCCUCCCUGGAAAGGGGUUCAGUGGAAUUAACAAACCCUCCCCUACACAUUUCUGCGGCUGCCAUUUAUUUAAAUUUUUUUCAUUUUAUUUUGUAUCGUCAGAUCUACGUGUACGAAAUAUCUCGAAGCCACAGAAUCGUUCCUAGCUGACAUCUGAGCCAAAGUUGGGGAUUUGUCAACCCUACUACUUUGCUUUUUUUUUUAAAUUAAUAAAACAAAGUUUAUUUUUAUUAUUAUAAUUAAUAUUUUUUGAACCUUUUUGCUUGCCAAUAUGAACCGUCCUGCUCCUGUUGAGAUUACAUACGAAAGCAUGAGGUUUUUAAUAACUCACAACCCAACCAACGCAACCCUCAACAAGUUCACUGAGGAACUAAAGAAAUAUGGAGUCACCACACUGGUCAGAGUGUGCGAUUCCACCUACGACACGGCACCAGUGGAGAAGGAAGGGAUCCAGGUGGUGGACUGGCCCUUCGAUGAUGGAGCACCUCCCCCAAGUCAAAUAGUUGACGAUUGGCUGAACCUCCUGAAGAACAAGUUCCGAGAAGAGCCUGGAUGCUGCGUGGCAGUGCAUUGUGUUGCCGGGCUGGGCCGAGCGCCUGUUCUGGUGGCCCUCGCCUUAAUAGAAUGUGGAAUGAAGUAUGAGGACGCAGUCCAGUUUAUACGACAAAAGAGACGUGGCGCUUUCAACUCCAAACAGUUGCUUUACCUCGAGAAAUACCGACCCAAGAUGCGUCUACGAUUCAAAGAUGCCAACAACCACAACUGCUGCAUCCAGUAAAGCGAGGAAAACGAUCAAAGGAAAACGAAAACAAAUCUUAGCCUUUUCGGACUGUGCUGUCGCCUGGGAAUGUCAACGUCGAAUCGAGCCAAAGUCCAGGAGUGUUUUAAUCAUGAAUAAGGCUGCCACGUUUACGCUUUUUUUGUAAACCGUGUAAACCACCACCCGCAGUAACUUUUAAACGUCGGGCGGGGCCUUUUCAAGCAAAACGAUAAUUAGAAAAAAAAUCAUUGGGGGUAGUAAGCGGAACAUAAUACGCUGUAGUAAAAAAUACAAGUGGAGCUAAAACUUGACAGCUUAAAGAAUUAUUUGCACAGGAGCUUCUCUGGUGGGGUACAGAGAAUUUGGAAAAGUAUAUGGCUAAUUUCAAUACAAUGCAAUGUUAAGCACAUAACUGCCUUUUUACUGUCAAAUACUUACACGCUGCAGCUUAAUGCUGAUCAUCUGACAAUUCUGGGAAUUAAACCUACACCAGCAAACUAAAAACAACUGUCAACCAAACGGAUAGAGGAAUAAAUAAUCCCUACGUCAUGAAAUCCAAGCAAGGCACUGCCGCUACACACAAUCCACAGUCUUGGAGUAUUCAUUUGGCAGUAUCUCUGCACAAAAUGGCUAGUUUGUCUAAUAAUGGACCUGCGUGUCAUAGAGUUAGAAUGGCAUUGCAACACAAUAUUAAAACAAACCAGAGGUAAAUUAAGAAGACCGUCAGCUGGUCAAUAUUAGUUUCUAGUUUUAUGAAAUUAAACAAAAUAGAGACCCUUGCAUGUUUUUAAAGGUGGCAGCCUUAAUCACAAUGUUGUUUUUUUUUUUUUUUUUUCUUUUUUUUUUUUUUUUUGUAAAAACCAAACUGGGUGGGUGGGAUAACCUCUUAGUUGUAGGAUUACAUUGUCCUUUUUUGUAUUCUGUUUGAUCUGGUCAGAUUGUAUCAAAGGAGAAUGUAGAGUGUGACUUGUCUGAAAUCAGGGUAAUGGUGCAGGAGUACACUUCUGGGUUUGGGUUGGGGAGUGGUUGAUUGGUGGGGUUGACAGUCCAGAUUUAGUCUGUGCAAAUCUCAGUGAUUUGUAUUUUUAAUUAAGCAAGACCGUACUUUAACGUAAUUUAAAUAAAGUCAUGAUUUUUGCACAAAAAUAAAAGCUUCCAAAAGGAUUUCCUUCAAUGCAGUAAUGUAUUUGGCCCCCCAUGCAAUGCACAAUGUUGGGGUGGGGGUGGGUAGAUUUGCCAGUUAGCUAGCCAUAUUGUUCAUUACAGUAUCUUGUCUAUCUUGAACACGGAUUCCCUCCUCGCUCCUGUUUUGUAAUACAGAUUUUUAUUUAUCUGUACUGAUUUGGGAAUACUCAUCAGAAGUCUCAACAACAGCAAAAGUCCUUUUGAAAACUGUUACCUACCCUCCUCCGAACAGCUACCUUUUCAGACUGGGAGGAGAUCAGCCAAUGUGAUUUUCGUCUACCCAAGUGGGCACAGGCAGGCUUCCAGUCACCUUACUGGGUUACAGGGAUUUUUUAAAUUUUAUUUUAGGGUGACGUUUUAGUUCAAGAGCAGUCGUUUGUACGUUGCAACAUGCAUAGUGGAGAGGCUUUCUCUACUGCCAGAUAAAUCCCCUAUGUUUGUGUGUGUGUGAUUAUAUAUAUAUAUAUAUAUAUAUAUAUAUAUAUAUAUAUAAACUCCAAAAUAAAAUCUUUUUGCUUUUAAAAUGUCAAUUCUCUCUCUCUAUAUAUAAAAAUAUAUAUAUAUAUACCCACACACACAAAAGUAAAUCUGUAUUCAACUUAUUUAGCAUAUGUUUUUGAGAAUCUUGAUGGAUAAGUAGAUUCUUAAAGGAUAGAUGUAUUUAAAUUAAAUUAAAAAAAAAAAAAAGGUUAACGGGGGUGGGAACACAGACCCAUUUAAGCUGCAUUUUCAAAAGAAGAAAUGUUUUACAAUAAUAAAAAUAAAACAAUGUUGCAGUUGUGUCCCAGUAAGCCUGUCUGAGUAUUGGUACUGUGUGUCGUUCUAGUACUGUACGUGCUGGUAUCACUUGUCAUUGUAAGGCUGUAUGGUUGGUUAAACUUUGAUGGUUCUUUUGUACCGAACAUGCGUGUCCAUAGCGUGGUUGUGUAUGUCCAUGUGAUGUUUUGAUAGCAAUGUGAUACCAAAGGAGGGGAGAGGGGAGGGGAGGGCGUUCUCCUGCUUCUAGCAUUGUGCCCACAAGGCAAAAGUGAUAAUCUAUGUAACUUUAGUCAAAGUGUUUGGUCAGCUUCACAAUGUUGUCAUCGUUCUGUUAAAUAUAAGUGACCUGAUCUAUAAGAUAAAAUAUGAUGUACUCCCUGACCAAAUUCUUGACUAAUGGUUUUUGUUAUACCCUGAUUUAACACUAGUUUUGGACUACGUUGUGUUAUUUAAGUUAUGGUAGUUUAAGAUCAGUGCUAAUCUCAGGGUCUAUGAAACCAGUCGUAAGGUAUGUGCAGAAAUGUCUGUAUGUACUUCACUGUGGUAAUUACUGUGUCAGCCUGUCGGGGAUAUGCCCCCAAACUUCACCUAAAUGGACAUGUUGUGCUUUUGAUUUAUGUAUGCAGCUUUUAAGGUAACCAAUUAAGACUGCAAAAUAAUAUAAAUACCACACACACACAUUCGCAUACAAACACCUCAGCACCAAAUGUGCCAGGAAAAAAAAUAUAAAAUCCUGUUUCUUUACCAGAGAAAUGCAAGCUGUCUUUCUCUCGAUUUCUCUUCUGCACCAGUAAGCCUCACAAAGUGCUGCAAUCAUGUGAUAUCAUAAGCUUGUGUGAUUAAGGCUGAGCUGUUGUACAUAACAAAGGGGCAGGUGGUCACAGAAUACUAGCAACCACUGACCAAGGCUUAAAAAAAAAAAAAAAGUGAUUACAAGUAGUCUGACAAAGUGGACACAGAGGGGGAUACAAAUAUUCACUAAGCUUUUUUUAAUUUGUCUAAAGUGGCAACGUUGGGCCAUUUUAAAUCUGCCUUGCAUUCUAGGUCUGUUGGGAACUAUGUAUAUUUGGAGGGGUUUACAAAACAGGUAGCAGAAAGAACGAGCAGUUUUGUAUUAUAAUGUAGUUGGGUAUACUGUAAGUGUUUCAGAUACUACUCGCUGGAACAUACUUUCUCUGUAACCUUAGAGUGGUGAAAGAAUCGUGCCCAGAAAGAUGGAGAGCGCCCCUUUUAACUGAGCUACUGCAUUCAGGUGCGUUUGGUCCUGAUUCUGCUUUUUCAUUGCUAGCUACCACCUCCUUCCCAUGGGCUCUCGUUCAAGACAAAUCCCAAUAUUGAGCUUGGUACACCUGCCUUAGCCCUGUGGUGCACCGUGAGACACAUUGUUGCACCCAAGAGACCAUCUCUGCUCGGCUGAGUGGCAGGGAAGGGGAAAGGUGUGUCAAAAGAUAAUGCCAAAUCGGCAAUUCAUGCAUUAUGGCUGUGUGGUGUUUUAUUAAUAUUACUAUGUGCAUACUUAAUGCACAAACACAGUAUCCCUGUUUCUCUGGACAGAAUUGCGACAGAAGCAGCCAGCUCUGCUCCUGGAGUCCCAGCGCUCUUUUUGCUAGUGUAUUUUACCAGUCCGGUUUUGGAUCUUGACCCAGCUCACAGUUCCCAUCAACAGAUAUGCAAAAGGCUGAAAUGUAGCAUUUUAGUGCAUCCUCAAACCUUACUUUGUUUGCAAACGGUCCAACUGUGAAUCUUAGCGUUCCCCAAACGCCACAGAAUUCCUGCAUACGUUUUGGGAAAGCUUUAAUUGGGAGUGUCUUUUUCAGAAAUCUAUUUUCCAGAUGUUAUGUUUGUUUUUGUGUGUAUGUGUGUGCCUGUGGGUCGAUUGGUGUUAGAUGUGAUUGAAAGGGAGGGCGGAGGUUCGGUGUUUUUUUAAUAUUAUGAUGGUCCUAAUAUCAUUAGUAUUUUAAGUCGCUUUUUUAAUUUGUCAUUGUAUAAAAAUAACCAUUCAGCUUGAAAAAUGUUUGCAAAGCUUCCAGAGCGUCUGCCCCAUGCACAAUGUAACCUGGACCCAGUACUGGUUGUUCAGGCACGUUUCAAAAAGGGUGCAAAACACAUUUUGAGGAUGUUGCUGUCAAUGUUUAUUCCUGUUUUCUGUGGGUUAAAUUGAUUCCGAUCAGUUUUUGCCAAGUACCAUCACAAUUUGAAAAUCUCACUUUUUUUUUUUUUUUUACGGCUUGUACAUUUUAUUUAGUAGACCCUUUUAAAUAAAGUUUGAAUGAAAGAAUA